CCCGCGGUGCAAAAUAUGAGAACCCCACUCACGGAUCUCAAAGUUGCAGUGUUUCUCCCUACCUCCGCGAUAUUUUUUACCCUUUUGGUCCAAGUUCUGCUUUGUCGCGCGAUUACAUUUGUUCUUACUCCAUGGUUUGCUUGGUUUUUUGUUAUUUUCUCGUGCGAACUCACUUUGUGCUGCUUCUUCUAGUCUUAGCUUGAUUCUUGUUCACGAAGAAGUUGUUUUCACCGUGUGUUUUGACAGUUUAAUUAUGUUCCAUUUUUCAAAGCGGUAAGUUCGGUUUGCUGCAUUCUCGUAUUUAUUAAUAAAGUAUACUUAAAUCUGUUUUAGAAUAAACCAUCAUGUCUAAGCGUUCGAAACAGACGGGAAAUUUUUAUAAGAAGAGGGCUCGGUUGAUGGAUGAGGUCGAAAGGAAUGUGGAUGCAUUAAACAUCACGCUUGAAACGGCUUCGACUUCUGUUUGGCCGGACCUUGGAGUGGAAGUUACACCAGAAGAUUUGGAAUUGUUGUUUGCAGGAUGUAGUUCGGCAGAGCCAACAACAUCUACCACUACAACAACAUCGAACGCAACCACGACUUCGAACGAUUUUCAUGAAUUUGAAGAUAUCUAUGAUUCGGCAGAUGUUGUGACUGAUGCCAAUGAUCGCUUCGAAUUCAUGAAAAAUUUGAAUUUGAAGGAUGCACUUGUGCAUCUUAUCAUUCUUGGCCGUGCUUCACGUUUUUUAACAGAAGGCUUCCUUGCCAUCUUAAGGAAGUUCUUUAAAGCUAAAGUCCCUAAAACAAAAAGAACUUUUCUAAAAACUAAAGCCGAUAUUAAAUCAGAAAUUACACCAAUUAAUGGGGGUAAAUUAUGGUACCGUGGCAUAGAAAAAGUGCUUCUUAAAUAUUUUGAGUAAGUAUUUUUCAAACAUAUUGGUACUAAAUGAAAUUUCUCAUUCGAUGUGUGUAUAUUACAGAGAUAUUGAUCCUGAACCGGACAUAUUUACCAUCGAUGUUUCUAUCGACGGGCUUCCACUGUUUAGAAGUUCCCGUAAACAGCUUUGGCCAAUACAAAUAAGGGUGGUCGAA